UCAUACACUUUACUAUUGUCAUUAUCUGAUACUAUUUACCGGUAGUAGAUAUUGUACUAGCAAAGUGAAUGUCGGUGUAAAUAAUACGACACAAAACUGCGAAAAUGUGCGUUUUAAAAAGCCUUAUUUUUGUGACUUGUGCCCUACCGAUGGUACGUACAUCAUCGUUACCAUGUGUAAAACAGUCAUUUGGUAGUUCUUCUAUCGUCUGCGUGUGUAACGCCACCUAUUGCGAUACCGUUGAAGAAGAGAGCAAACUACCAGAGGGCAUAAUGACCGUCUACUCGACAAGUAAAACUGGAAGCAGACUCAACAAAAGCGAGCAUGGAGCUAAAUUGAUCUCAAAAACAGACAAGAAAUUGUAUCGAAAAAGCGAACAAAGUCCGGAUGUGUUGUAUUUCAUUGUGCCACGUCGAACUGCGCAGACGAUCGUAGGGUUUGGCGGUACUUUUACGGAUGCGGCUGGCAUGAACGUUGCUAGUUUACCAGACGGGGCGCAAAAGAAUCUCAUUGAGUCGUAUUUCGGGCCCACUGGUAUCGAAUAUAACCUGGGACGAAUUCCAAUCGCUAGCAAUGACAUGUCAACUGAUAUUUAUUCGUACGACUUCACCCGGGGGGACAUUUACCUAUCCAAAUUCACUAUAGCGGCCUACGAUCAUUUGUACAAGCUUCCGUAUAUCGAUCAAGCGGUGGUUGCUAGCCGCCGCAACCUGUCGCUCUUCGCAAGUCCGUGGUCGUCCCCUGACUGGAUGAAAACCAACGACAACAUGGUCGGUGUCGGAACAAUACUACCCAAGAUGGCGAAGGUGUACGCCGAUUAUUUAGGUCGGUUUCUUCGGGAAUACGAGUCGUUUAUGUUCCACGGGCGCAUGUGGGGUUUGACGACUCAGAGCGGCCCAUCGCGAAGCUGCAGUAACGACAGUAUCCCGGAGUACCAAUCCGUCUGCUGGUCCCCUCAGAACAUGAGCGACUGGAUCAAAUACGACCUAAAGAGGUCGCUGGAGGAUAACGGAUACGGCCAUAUCAAGUUGUUCACUAUGGACGACAACGUGGACGAACUUGACAACUGGAGAAGCGCGUUUGACGCAAUCUCACUGAACCUCGUGGACGGAUUUGCCGUACAAGGUUAUCACGACAACGUCAGUGACGACAACACGACAAAUUACAACAACGCGUCUUCGCCAAUGUGCGAUAUGUUCUCACUUCACCCCGACAAGAUUCUCCUAGGCUCGGAGUACUGUAUAAGGUCCAGACCGGAACUGGGCAGCUGGGAAAGAGGCGCGGACCUUGCCAAGCACGUGUUCCACACGCUUCAGAACUGCGGAUCGGGGUUCACGCACUAUAAUCUAGCCGUGGACUUGGAUGGUGGGCCGAGUUGGGUAUACAAUUACGCCGAUAGCCCGAUAGUGGUUGACGCAAAGCAAGCAAAGGGGGGCGUACCUGUAUUCUACAAACAGCCGAUGUUUUACACAAUGGGACACUUCAGCAAGUUCAUAACAGCAGGAUCGGUCGCCAUCGAAAUGUUCACUCUCGAAGAUGUGCCGGCGGGGAUUUAUUCCGUCGGAUUUAUGCGACCGGACAAUUACAUCGUCGUCGUCGUCGGCAAUUUCGGCAGCAAAGGGAACAUCGUGGGUUUCAGGGACAGUCGGUACUAUUUUGAGUUCUCAAUGGAGGCCAGUUCGAUACACACUUUUAUUUGGAUGCACCCGGCCGAUGCUUAGAUGCAGGAUCAUGCAAAUGUGCGACAUCCACCAUUAAGUAUAUAUGAUAUAGUUCAAUAUAAUGCUGAACAAUAAAUCGCGAUGAAUCGCUUAUGUGCGUAAUAAUCUGAAAUAUAUAUUUAUUCGCCG